AGGGGUAGUCCAGGCAUUGCUGGGCCAAAGGGUAGAAGGGGACCCCGAGGUCCAGAUGGCCCACCGGGAGAACUGGGUCCUGAGGGCAUCAAGGGUGAAAAGGGGGAGAUCGGACCUACAGGAGAGCCGAGCUUCAUAGGCAAGGCUGGAAAUCCAGGAGAGAGAGGCCCUCCUGGGAAGCCCGGAAAACCAGGUAUUCCAGGCAGCACCGGGGAGAGGGGAGCCCAAGGUGAACCAGGACCCAGAGGACCUCCUGGAGAGGCUGGACCUGAUGGAGAACAAGGACCUGAAGGUUUACCAGGCUUAGAGGGAGAACCAGGUGCCAUUGGAGAGCCCGGGGCAAAGGGUGAUGUUGGGCCUCCAGGAGCUGAAGGGGAGCAGGGGCAGGAGGGAAUGAGAGGUCCUCCCGGUCCCCCUGGUGAAGACGGACCUCAGGGAAAAGAUGGAGCCAAGGGUGAACCUGGAGAGCGUGGGCCUUUUGGGGAGCCAGGGGAGAAAGGGACAGAAGGGGAUCCUGGACCCCCGGGGCCACCCGGAGAGCCUGGGAAACAGGGCUUCCGUGGUCCAGAAGGAAAAGCGGGUCCCCCAGGAAACAGAGGACGGCACGGAAAGAAAGGAGAGAGGGGUCCUCCUGGUCUUUCUGGGGAGAUUGGCGCUCGGGGAGACAUCGGCCAGCCGGGCGAGCCAGGACUGAAAGGUGCCAGGGGAACUCGAGGCACACUUGGUCAGCCUGGAGUCAUGGGGAUAGACGGGCAACCGGGACUUCCAGGAUACCCAGGGCACCUUGGAAAGCCUGGGCCCGUUGGCCCGCCAGGACCCAAAGGUGAAAAGGGUUACCCAGGCGAGGACAACAGGACCCCAGGACUGCCAGGGCCCUUAGGUGAACCAGGGCCUCCAGGGGAACGAGGAGAGCGUGGAGAGUCGGGGGAUGAAGGCUAUCAGGGCUAUAUCGGUACCCCUGGACCUCGUGGGGCUUCUGGACCACAAGGCCCACCGGGAUCUCCAGGCUCCCCCGGAGAACCAGGCCCACAAGGAGAAAAAGGAGCUCCGGGUUUGGCUGGAAAGAAAGGAGCAAGAGGUCUGGUUGGAGUUCCCGGCAUUGAAGGGCCGACUGGUUUACCUGGGCUCACAGGAAUGAAGGGUUAUCCAGGCCCUGAUGGCCCCCCGGGACCAACUGGCUUAGCAGGACUUCCAGGAAAGCAAGGUCGACAGGGUCAGAGGGGCUCAGUGGGACUGGAAGGGCCUGCUGGACGGCCAGGUCCAAUGGGAGAACUUGGACUUCCUGGACAUUCUGGAGAAAGGGGACUGCCAGGUCACAAGGGAGAACCUGGCCUACCAGGAGACAGGGGGGGCCCUGGACUCAAGGGCAUGAAGGGAGCUGCAGGUGACCAGGGAAAGAAAGGAGACCCAGGACCCAAAGGGCUGUCUGGGGAAACUGGAGAUUUGGGCAUGAUUGGUUUACAGGGCUUACCAGGACCUAAGGGGCCAACUGGUGAUUUAGGACUGAGAGGUUUCCCUGGUCCUAAAGGUCCUAUGGGUACUUUGGGCUUCACUGGACCUCUAGGCCCUGAAGGAAAAAUGGGUCCAAUGGGAAAACCUGGGCCAAGGGGUCCAAAAGGAAACAGUGGUGAAAUGGGGCCUCAGGGACCACAGGGAAGCCCUGGACCCAGAGGACCCCCUGGAGCUCCUGGUCCAACAAGGGUGUUAUAUGACGACUUGGCAGUCUACAGUCCAUCCGCUUCCAAUGAUGCCCUGAGGACUGAGAGUUUCCAGAAUAUGGAGAUGAGCAUGCCAGACCAGAAUACGGAAGUACUUAAGACUCUACAGUAUUUGAGCAGUGUGAUCGAGAGCAUCAAACAGCCUCUCGGGACAAAGGAGAACCCAGCUCGUGUCUGUAAAGACCUGCUGGACUGCCAGCACAAGUUAAAAGACGGUUGGUUCUGGGUUGAUCCAAACCUGGGCUGUACGUCUGAUGCCUUCCAGGUGUUCUGCAACUUUACAGCAGGGGGACAGACUUGUUUACAUCCAGUGUCAACUGAUAAGAUGGUAUUUGACAUAGGAAAUGUCCAGAUGAAGUUUCUCCAUUUACUGAGCAGUGAGGCUAGCCAAAGCAUCACGUUUCACUGCCUGAGUUAUCAACCCUCCAGCACCGCAGACAGCUUCAGCUCCAGUGGACACAAAGAGAACACCAGGCUUCGGUUUCGUGGCUGGAACAAACAGAUGUUUGAGAAAGACACACUACUUGAACCACAUGUGCUACAAGAUGAGUGCAAGAUCCAAGAUGGCAGCUGGCACCAAUCACGAUUCCUCUUCCAUACUCAGGACAGUGGUCAGCUACCACUUGUAGACAUAGAGGAAUUUCCCACUUCACAAAUCAGCAGUCAGCGAAACGUAGAAAUCGGUCCAGUCUGCUUCCUCUGAUACCAACAUCCCUAUCAUCGAAGCCACUUUUAUAAACCACUUAAAUCCGCAGACUUUUAAAAUUUCCUACCAAAGAGAUGCUGGCACAGCAAGGCAGACUGUAUCCCUGAGAGCUUAUUGCAUUUGCUUCAACAGGACUUACUGUGAGACUAACAAAAACCCAACAUCGAACGGCAGGCAGCUCUACCUGGGAGAAAUCAGUCUCUGUGGAACACCCGUGCCAAAGAGGACAGUGUAUACUGAUAUUUAUCUAAUCAAUGUGUAAAGUAUUUGUUUAGUUUUCAUUCAAAAGGUGCAUAGGGCCACUGCAUAUGGACCCAUUUUACUUCCUGAUCACGGGGGUAGGGCCUCACACUGCAGCAGCCUGUCCAAAACCCAAAACUCAAACCUGCCAUUCACUCAUGUUCCACCCCUUCAACUCCCAAACACACCAUCCUUGGAAGGGGUCGAAUCCAAAGGAUCAUGCCAGGCCUCUGCAGAGGGCACUGUCUAACUAAAGGUGCAAUAGCAUAUGGAAAAUGUGUGUGCUUUAAAUAUUUCAUUGUCCAAUCAGAGGCUAUAUUUGAUAUUGUUUUUCAUUAUGUUUUUGUCUUCGGUCCCAUCCAGUCGGACCUGUACAUCUUGACAGAUGGUACUCUACCUCUACCUGCUUUCAAAAAUAGUCAAAUUAGUCAUUUUUACCUUUUGUUUUGUAUGUACCGGUUACAUCAGAAUUUGUUAUGUUGUUUGAAUGCUUAUGUUGAUUUGGUCACUUCUAAUUUAUGAACCAUUUUUUGAUACACAACAUAUUUUCAUAGCUUUUCCUACUAUGUGGUAGUUUCCUCAGGGGAAACCUAUCAUUGGUGCUGCAACGUUUCCUGUGUAUAUAUUGACAGCAUACUUCAAUGUUUAUUUAUAACCUGUUUUUUUCUUUUUUUGGUUUGUUUUUAGAUUUGUUAUUAUUUUUGGUCACAUUACUGUACCACAGUAAGUUAUACUCUGAGAACUUGCUUACUUGGUCAACCACAGCUCGGUCUAGAGGAGUAUUUAUGUUUGAAAAGUGUGUGUGUGUGUGCAUGCACACCUGUGACUGUGUGUUCAUCAUACUGCUUUAUAAAUUCAUUCAGAAGUCAAAUGCAGCUACGGGAGGACAAAAUCAAAAAACCCAGAAAACAGUCAUCAUACUCUUAAGUUAUGUUACCAUUAAUUAAGUGUAAUUAUAUAAAGUUUGUGGAGGACAAAGUUGGAUGCAAAUGUGUAAAUAAAAAAUAAUUUUAGAAACAAA